UAUUUUCUCUUUUGGUUACCACAAAAAAAAAAAAAAGGAAAAAGCGGUGGAAAGCAAAAUAAAAAUGGCAACAAAUGUAGCCGAGAUUUGAAUUCGACUUUGUUGAAAGCUGCUCCUUCGAAGAGUCCGUUAAGCUUUGAUCUUCUAUUUUUCUUCUUCUACUUAGUUUGUAGUUCAAUUCUUAUUGAAAAUAAAAAAUUUUCGUCGCUAAUUUGUUGAGAAAAAAUUGAUCUUAAACGAGUUCAACGAUCCAUGUCGUCGGAUAUAAGCUAGGCGUUUCUGCAAAAUCUUUGUCGCGCUAUAUAGUUUCUCUUUGUCUCUUCAACGAUUUAAAAAAGUUUUCAUCUUUUUGUAGCAAAAAAAAAAAAAAGAACGAUGGCUAAAUGCAGCAUCUGUAGCGGUGUUUAUUGCGACGAGAGUUUCAUGAUUGAUCUCGCGAGUUUGAUCUUGUAAUCGGCAUCUGCGACGAAACCUUUUAAAAUAUCGCUUCUUUUUCUGUUUUUCUUUCCCUUGGCCGGAGAGGGAAUGGGAACGAAUAGUUUGUUACUGGCAACGGUUGGACCGCCGAUUAAACCGCGAGCGGGGUUGAGGAGAAAACAGGCUGGAAGAGGCUCUUACAGAGGAAGCUAGGGGCUUUACUGCAAACAAAGAAAAACUUAGGUUGGGGGUGAUUUUGUUGUUUGUAGGUGGAGUGGGGACCUUUUUGAACAGAAUAAAAAGUUGGUUUCCUUUUGAGGAGGGAUUGAGAUGGGUAGCAGUUCAAGUAGCAGUGGGUUGCGCCGGAUACUGAGAAGUCUCUGUCUCAAUACUGAGUGGAAAUACGCUGUUUUUUGGAAGCUUAAGCAUCGAGCUCGAAUGGUGCUGACUUGGGAGGAUGCAUACUAUGACAAUCAUGACCAACAUGAUCCUUCGGAGAAUAAUUGUUUCCCUAACACAUUAGAACGCUUGCACAGUGGAUAUUAUUCACAUGACCCCCUUGGUUUAGCUGUGGCAAAGAUGUCUUAUCAUGUAUAUUCUCUAGGGAAAGGGAUUGUUGGAAAAGUGGCAGUUUCUGGAAAACAUCAGUGGAUAUUUGCAGAUAAGCAUGUUAAUAGCUCCUGCUCAUUGUUUGAGUUCUAUGAUGGUUGGCAAAGUCAGUUUGCGGCAGGGAUCAGGACCAUUGUUGUUGUUGCUGUUGUUCCCCAUGGAGUUGUGCAGCUUGGCUCCUUAAAUAAAGUAUUUGAGGAUGUGAAGCUGGUGAAUCACAUUAGAGAUGUUUUUUUUCCUCUUCAAGAUUCUUCUGUAGGGCAUAUUGCCAGUCCAAUAGAAUGUAGCAUGAAGGGUUCAUUAUUUGAGUAAUCAUCUCAAAGGGGCAGGCGAAGUGGAAAAUAAGCAUGAAGGGCUUGGGCUACCCUCAGCAAGAAGUGAUGAGAGU